GAUUUGUCAGCGCCUUCUUCGCGUCUUCUUACUACUUCACUCUCUCCAAUGCCAUAUCCCCACAUUGCAUCCUCUAUCUUUUUUUUUCUUCUUAAUAUAGUAUAUUAUACCACACAAUUUAUCUACUUUAUUGCUCAUGCGCCUGAAAUUCUUUAGUUUUUGUUAAAACAAGUAUAUAUCUCACUUCUUUGUACUUAGUUGCCCUAGAAGUUAGAAGAUUCUUAUUUUUAUAGAGAAAACCAAUUACAUGUGCGUACAUAUAUAUAUAUGUAUGUGUGCAACAUAUACUUAAUGUAUACGUAUUUAAAUAUAUGAUGUUAGGAGUACUUAAUUACUAUUCAGUAUACAUACACGUUGCGGAAAAUUACAAAUCGGUGCUAAAACUGUUUUUACAUUAUAUGAAAAUUGCUUCAAACCAUUUUUCAUUACAAAUCAAUUAUCAUGUAAGCAUAAAAUCUAUACUUAUCGAAAUUGAGAGGGAUUGAAAUAUUAUACCAAAACAAAUGGCGUAGAAGUGGGGACCAAAGCACCGCCUAAAACAUGAGAAUGAUGUCAUUAUCAUAAGCACAAGAAAAAAACAAAAGCUCUACAUCUCUCUUCUCUUCUACCUCUCUCUAGAUCUUAACCCUAAUUUACCAAUCACCAACCAAAGCAAAUUAAGUAGACAACCCCCACAGACACCUCAAAACACCAACACAUCACAAAUAAACUAAAAAGUAAAAAUUACAAAAGAAGAGAGUGAAAAUAAAAACCAGCCAAAAGCCCUUUUCACUUCCUUCCAAGUACAACUCAAAUCAGAAGAGAAGCUAUAAACAAACCUAGAGAAAAAGAGAAUAGAAGACAAGAGUAGAGAGAGAAAAUAAAACCUUACCAAAUCAAUCAAAGAAUAAGAUGAAGAACAAAAUUCCAGCUUGAUGUAUUUUGUGAAAACAUUAUUAUUCUUUUCCUCUUCUAUCUAGAGUCUCUCCUAGGUCAAAUUAUCAAAAUCAAUUCUCAUCUCAACAUAGAAUGGAUCCAGUUCAAUCUCAUGGAUCACAAAGCUCUCUUCCUCCUCCUUUCCAUGCUAGAGAUUUCCAAUUACAUCUUCAACAACAACAACAACAUCAACAACAACAUCAACAACAACAACAACAACAGUUCUUUCUCCACCAUCAUCAGCAACCACAAAGAAACCUUGAUCAAGAUCACGAGCAGCAAGGAGGGUCAAUAUUGAAUAGAUCUAUCAAGAUGGAUCGCGAAGAGACAAGCGAUAACAUGGACAACAUCGCUAAUACCAACAGCGGUAGCGAAGGUAAAGAGAUGAGUUUACACGGAGGAGAAGGAGGAAGCGGUGGUGGAGGAAGUGGAGAACAGAUGACAAGAAGGCCAAGAGGAAGACCAGCAGGAUCCAAGAACAAACCUAAAGCUCCAAUAAUCAUAACAAGAGACAGCGCAAACGCGCUUCGAACUCACGUCAUGGAGAUAGGAGACGGAUGUGACAUAGUUGACUGUAUGGCUACGUUCGCUAGACGCCGCCAAAGAGGCGUUUGCGUUAUGAGCGGUACAGGAAGCGUUACUAACGUCACUAUACGUCAGCCUGGAUCGCCACCUGGCUCGGUGGUUAGCCUUCACGGCCGGUUUGAAAUCCUCUCUCUUUCGGGAUCUUUCUUGCCUCCGCCUGCGCCGCCUGCAGCCACCGGACUAAGCGUUUACCUAGCCGGAGGACAAGGGCAGGUCGUUGGAGGUAGUGUGGUGGGACCUUUGUUGUGUUCGGGUCCUGUGGUGGUUAUGGCGGCUUCUUUUAGCAAUGCGGCGUACGAAAGGCUGCCUUUGGAAGAAGAUGAGAUGCAGACGCCAGUUCAAGGAGGCGGUGGAGGAGGAGGAGGUGGUGGUGGAAUGGGAUCUCCCCCGAUGAUGGGACAGCAACAAGCUAUGGCAGCUAUGGCGGCGGCUCAAGGACUACCACCGAAUCUUCUUGGUUCGGUUCAGUUGCCACCGCCACAACAGAAUGAUCAGCAGUAUUGGUCUACGGGUCGGCCACCGUAUUGAUUAUUAGAUUGCUAUUAUUAUAUAUACAUGAUCAAUGGAAUAUAUACAUAUAUAGCUAUGUAUUUGUAUAUAUGUAGCUAUUUACUAAUAGAUCUUACAUAUAUAUAAAGCAAGCUAACAUGGAAUCAUUAAAAGGAGGUCUACGAAGUAUGACGUGAAGUUGAAGACGGCGAUAAUAUUGAAGAUCAACAAUUCAGUAGAUGGUUUUCAGGUUCUUCUUUGUUUUUUUUGUUUCCUUUGGGUUCGUUUUAGUGGUAGAUCUUUUUUUUUUAAUGUUUGAUUAUGUGAGGUUAAUUUAAGUUGUUAUUUACUUUAUUGAGAUUUCUUUGAUGAAUUUGAUUCUUAAUUAUGUUCCGUAUGUUUUGCUCGUUUACAAGAAUUACUUAAUUAUCCAAAAUUAUUUUUGGUUCAAGUUAUUACUUUAACUAUUGUAAUUCAACUCCCAUAGAUGUUUUUGUUAUUAAUAUCUUACGGUAUUUUAGAUAAU